GGUGGCAUCUUCGACGUCAAAAUAGGGCACCCGGAUUGUUAAGUAAGCUGACCCUCACGGCCGAGGUUGCUCUGGCGUGUUUCCUCGACUCCCACAGCUGGUGUGGUAUUAUUGAAUUGGCGUGCAUUAUUGAUGUGUCGCUGUGCCAUAUAAAGAGCUCGUUCUAUACUCUCGUCCACUGACAACAGGCAAGGAGAAGGCACAACUUGUAAGGGGUGGGAAUACUGAGAUCACAGCGGACCAGCACAGGGACCACAGGCAACAUGACUAACCUCUCUGUAGCACUUCUCGUCAUCGUAGUGUCCAUUCAAGUGACAGUCAGUCAGGAGAUGGGAACAGAAAACGACCGAGCCAAUAUAAUCCUGUCUGCCCUCUGCGUGGAACAGAACGGACAGAUUAGUCAAGAAUGUUUAAAUGGAUUGACAUCACAGAAUCUAUACAGAACUUUAUAUGCCGCGUUGGCGUCCUCGCCGAGGUUGGGAGACGUUUCAUCAAAAUCCGCAUCCAGGCCCGACAAGCUCGCUCUUCCUGCUAAACGGCGACGAGAAGAUACAUCCGGUUUCUAUAGCAACUGGUGAUUACAAAAUCACCACGGAAGUGACGUCAUGGACUCGCCACCUUUUUAAGUGAUAUCGCUGGUUUGAGCCUUGUCCGGAACCUACAUGCCGCAUGGACGAGACCGUGUCAUUUCAGGAAAGAAAUGAUGCAAUAUUUUUCGGAAUUUGAACACUUUCGAAACCCCGUUUUUCAACAGUGCCUGGGAGUGCCUCUCAAACAACUCUAAUCCUAGGAGUGUCAUGGACAAUUUGGACAUGCCUGAACCAUUUUGUUAGGAAAGGAUCACGUGUUUGUUUCCUUUUGCAUAAGUGAAUCUAAACCUUUAAAUCAAACGUACAUUCUACAAGGACAAUAUUAAAAGAUAGCAUUUAUAGGAUACAAGACCCCCUGUCUUCGGCUGUGUCAUUAAGCGGACACAUAAUUCGUUUAUGAUCAUAAUAUGACCCCAAUUGUAUUCAGUAACGUAAGAAUAACUUAUGACUCCUACAAUUCUUAUGUAUCUUGUAUAAGACAUACUAUACUGUAUUCGUAAGUCAUCCUCUUAUUGAAGUAUCCCGUUUAAUUUUUCCCGUCUUUCAUGGUCAUGUCGGUCAGAGUGGAAACAUAAAGGAUUUCAAACCCAAA